GAGGGAGGGAGGGAGGGGGGGAGGGACGCUCUCUGAAUCAGGCGAGUUCAGGACGAGCCUCGAAUGGAAGUGGCAGUGCCCGUGCGACAACAUCGGACAUGCGCAGCUACCUCUCAUUAGCUUUAGCUUUAGCUGAUUAGCUGAGCCGAUCUGAGCCGAGCUGCUGCUGCUGCUGCUGCCGCGGGGCCUGGCGCUGGCGCGCAGGCUGCAGGCGGUGAGCAUUUUCUAGGAGCGCAAUGAAUUCCAGGUGCCUGCGGCAGGCCUAGGCUAGGCCCAGCACCCGCUCUCAUCACUACCGUUAGGAAAUGACUUCAUCCGUCUUGUUUUUCUCAUCCGCGCACGCGAAAGCGCGCAUUUUUAAAAGAAAGAGGCAAAGCGGACGGGGCGCAAAAUCAGCAGCAAAAGGUCGUCGCGGGCGGGCCAGAGCAAACAAAACAAACACUUUCUUGUCUCGCGUCUUCGCCUUUCGCAAGCCCCUGGGCCACGGUGUCAGGUUUAGAUUUUUGGUUGAUUGUUGGUUAUGGCACCAGCCUUUGCUUGCUUACAGUAGCAUCACCAGCCUAAAGCUCUCAAUCCCCCGAGCCCCCGACGAACGAAAUCUCGACUUUCAUUAAGAUCGGAUUUUCCAUUUAAAGCUGCUGCUGCUGCUGCUGCCGCGCUGUAGGCCUGGACAUUCGUCCCAAGGAAGGACCACGUAUUGCAUCGAUCGAUCAAUCGAUCGAUGCGCAAGGGCGAUGUUGUUGGUAGCUGGCAAGGACCCGAGGAUGAGGAGGGAGGGAGGGAACAAGAAAGAAAGCCGAGGACGCGGCAGAGGAGGGCGAGGGGUUGCAGAAGUGGAUACGGUGAAUCUAGAGGAGGGCGAGGGCGAGGGCGAGGAUAAAGGUUUGUCCAGUAGCGGAAAACGAUGAUCGAGGCGAUGGAAGGAAUGAUCCCGCGGCGACGAUUGGACUUUUAAAAUCGCCACUUGGAGAAGCGAGGUAGGUACGUCAUGCCGAGAACAUGUCUGGCCUCCGUCCACGGCGAUGUAUGUAGGCCUAGAGCAGGACGAGCUCGAAAGGGAGAUAUGGCGAAAAGGAACAUUUAUGUCGAUGGGUGUCCUGGCAGGGCGGGGCAGGGCGGAAAACAUAAGAAAUUGCGAGGCCAGGCCCCACCGAAAAGUGGCUGUCUCGGAAUUUUCAACCGUCACUAGUCGACAAUGCAAAUGGUCUCGGUAUCUUUGAAUCGGCGACGCCUUUGUCCUGGCCUUUUCAGCUUUUUCUCGGUAGGGUCGCGCGCAGGCAACGACCUCCACUCGCCACCUGGAAGCCUUCAAUUGCGCUCAAUGUGUGAUCGCUCCACUGUUCGAAUUUCGCCCAAACCUUCGACGAAAGAUCACUGUGCCCUCAUAUCCAUCGCGCUCCGUGUUGCGCCCCGGAAUCUCGCCCCGAUUCCGCCCCUCGCCUUGCGCUUUGUUUGUUUCGCCCCCCACACGCCUGCUUCUCGGCGACAGCCUGCGCGCCUCGAUGCCCGCGCCGACGACACCAGCGCGACGCACCUCGCUUGCUUGCGCGCGUCGCAUUCGCGGGGCAGCGGAAGGCUGCGAGUGGCUCGAGGCCCUAUUUCUCACCUCCCGCCCUUUUCUUCCUCCCUCCCGCCGCUUCCGUCCGCUGUGACUGCCAUGGUAAAAUCGAUCGAAUCUCAAUCAGUGGACGGCCCGCCCGACGAGACGAGAGCUCACAAGGUCCAGGCCGGGGGAGCGAGCGAGCGAGCGAGCCAUCUUCCGAGAGCGCAGCAGCGGCGCCAUGAGGAAGUCGGUGAUGUGAUUUCUUUCUUUCACCGGAAAAGAAACUCCACUCUUUCACGGUGACUUCUGUCCGAAAUGUCGAGGCUCGCCCGCCCCUCCUGAGUCGGCAAGUUGCUCUGUGGAUUUCUUGUGCACGCGAACUCCACACAUGCGCAUGACAUAACUGCCCUCUUGCAAGUGGGCGGGGCUCGGGAUGCUCUCUCUGCUUGGGAAUGUCGAUGAUAAGUUUUCGCGGACCUGCUCGUGCACCGCAAACCCGGCUGUAACUGCGAAGCAGUGAUCCAACCGAAUUACCGAUGUUCAUUCACUUUCUCGUCUUAUUCUCUCGUCGGACCGAUCAUAAUUAAAAUUGCAUCCUUACAUCAGCAGCGGCUCCAAGACCAGAUUUUCCUCACGCCGUGACGUGCGCAGUUGAAUCGGGUCUCGCGGAGAACAUGCCUGCGAGGCUCCGAUCCUUCGCCCCUGUCCGGAGAAACAGAUUGUCGCGGACCGCGCGAGGAGAGGAGACUCUACUCCUCCAAAUGUCAAUGUUGCGCAGUGAGAAAGAAAGAUCGUCAUGCGCUCGUGCACAAAGACUUCUGGCUCGAGAAUUGUACGACUGCAUGCGUCCGAUGUCACGGUCGGUCUGGUCUGAAAGAAUACCAGCGAGCGAGCAUCAACCCUCGGCCCUCGAGGUCUCUUCCUCCCUCCCUCCCGCCGUCCUUCGCGGAACCAAAAGUACAAGCCGACCCGACCCG